AUCACUGACAGACGACAGUGACGGGUUGACGAUACUAAAUAGACGACAUUCUUGUUUUCAUAUUGUAUCUAGCUAUCUAAAACAAUAAUAAUAUAUCUGUCAAACUAAUUAUAUUUUAAUUGUUUUUUGUCGUCGUUGAACUCAAUACGCACUUUAGUAAAAUAUUUCAUGUAAUAAUUUAAUUGAGAAUUAACAGUGACACUAAUCAUUAUUAUUUAAUUUUUAAAUAUCAUAAAAAGAUUUCGCAAGUUCAUUUUGUUUUAACUGACGUGGUACAUCUAAAAAAAAUUACAAACACGUAAUAGUUUGAGUAGAUCCAGGAUGUCGAGAAAACCAAACAGUGCAACAGCUAGAUUAAAGCAAGAUUAUAUGAGAUUGAAAAAGGAUCCAGUGCCAUAUGUUGUUGCUGAACCGGUUCCAUCAAACAUUCUUGAAUGGCACUAUGUUGUUCAAGGUCCAGAAAAAACACCAUAUGAAGGUGGAUUUUAUCAUGGAAAAUUGCAUUUUCCUCGUGAAUUUCCUUUUCAGCCACCAAGUAUCUACAUGACAACACCAAAUGGUAGAUUCAAAGUCAAUACACGACUUUGUCUUUCAAUAUCUGAUUUCCAUCCAGAUACAUGGAAUCCAGCAUGGAGUGUAUCAACAAUUUUAACAGGUCUUCUCAGUUUCAUGAUUGAAAAAAGUCCAACACUUGGCAGUAUUAAUACGACAGACUUUGAAAAAAAACAAUGGGCAUAUCAAAGUCUAGAAUUUAAUCUAAAAGAUAAAUUAUUUUGUGAAUUAUUUCCUGAUACAGUUGCAGAAAUUCAUACGGAAUUGGAACGAAGAAAAGAGGCUGAAAAACAAACAAGACAGUCAACAACAGCUGAAGUAUCAAAUUUAAUUAGAGAUCAGCUUCAACGUGAACAAAGUCCAUUGAACGGUGCAAUGACUAAUUUGGCAAUAAUUAUCGGUUUUGCAGCAUUUGCAUAUACCGUUAAAUAUGUUUUACGAAAUAUUGCCUGGGAAUAAUAAGUUAAUUUAUUUCAUUAUAAAAUUCAGUAGAAUAAAAUUUUAUUAAAAAUAAUUAAGGACAAAUCGGAGGAAAAAAAGAGCUAAAUGGUUAACCAUAAAUUUAUUAUUAUUUUAUUAUUUAUAUUUAUUUUUACGUUGAAUAUCAUUUAUUUAUAGUUUAUUAUUCAUAAUAUUUUAUUCAUCUUUAAGAUUAUUUUUCUAUAAAUAAAUUGCAAUUCAAUUAUUAUCAAUUUAAUGUCAAGGACCUGAAAAAUCUCAGAAAAUCCUCUGAGCUUCCUUAAUUCUUUUUUUUUUUUUUUUUUUUAAACUUAUAAAUUUAUAUAUUAAAUAAAUUCAAACAUUAUUUUGUUGGUAUAUGUAAAUACAUACAGAGAACAAAUAUUAAUCACGUUUUUUGAGACUUUGUUUUUUGUUAUUUUUAAAAUUAAUUUGUAAGCUCUUCCAUUGAAUAGAGUAUACUAACCAAAGAGUUGAUUCUCCUCAGGGCCUAGUGUCUCUAUUUUUCAGUCCAUAAAAGCUCAUAAUCUUUCUAUGUUUUUUUUUUUCUAUUCAUUCCUAAAAUAAUCAGAUUAAAACGUAAAUGCAGUUGAAAUAAUUUUCGAAAUUUCAAAUAAUCCAUAAAAAUUUCUAUCAGUAAUUUGAAUUUGUUAUAGUUGAUAAACAAUAAAACUAAACAACUAAAAUUUUAAAUUAUUGUAAAGAAAAAUAAAUGUAUAUUUUAGUUGAAAAAAAAAAAAACAAAAUGCAAUGUAAAUAAUCGUUACAACUGUAAACUUGUCAAAUGCAUUUUUGUUAAUAAACCAUUUAAUUUGAAAAAAAAA